CGGCGCGAGGGACCGGCAGCCGCCGCCGCGCCUUGGCUCUCCGAGGGGCCGCUAGUUUCCCAGCUGCGGGGAGGGAGGAAGAGUUUGAUGGAGAACCGGUCGGAUGACAGCGGGAACUGUUGUUAUCACCGGGGGAAUCCUAGCGACGGUGAUCCUACUGUGCAUCAUCGCCGUGCUCUGCUACUGUAGGCUACAGUACUACUGCUGCAAGAAAGAUGAAUCUGAUGAAGAAGAGGAGGAGGAGGAGGAAGAGGAAGAGCCUGACCUUCCCGCUCACUCAUAUCUCGGCACUUGCAAUGCCUGCAGCUCUCGCAUCGUGGAUGGCCAGGGCAGCCCCGUGUCCCCACCCAACGAGCUCAACCAGCAAGGGGCUCACAACUACUGCCCAACCUGCUCUCCCUACGGCUCCCCCUUUUACAUACGGACUGCCGACAUGGUGCGCAAUGGGGGCGAGAGGAUCACCUACACGCCCACGUGCUACAAGGAGAUGGGGCAACCCAUCAGCAUGGCGACCCUCCAAAGCUACCCGGUGAGCCGCCACGGCAUCCUUCGCGAGAGCUUCCCAAACCCGAGGGCUAUCAGUACAGAAGUAUAAUCACCAUCGUCACUAGCACAGGGUGCUCCAAGCGGAUGCUCGCUCGAGGGAAGGGGCUUUUCGCUUGUAUUUGUGGGGGGGUCGUGCAGAGAGGACCCCGUAGUCCAGUCCAAGACCAGCACAGUCCUCCUGCUGAACUGCCCAGCACUGCUAAGCUUUAGGGGUAAGAAGAUGAGAGAGACAUCAAAGGACGAUGUUAAAACAGUGAUCCUUGAACCUGUAAUAAGCGUGUUUGUUAUUCUACUCUAUCUCCUGAAGGGACUUGUCUAAUGAGGGCUAUGUACAGUACAAACCAACAUAACUAUCCAAGAUUUCCCUGACCUUCCGGACUUCCGAGCCUAGAACGAGGUCUUUGGUGUCUACACUAAGCAACCCUUGUUGUCACUACCCAAGGCAAUACCCACAGCCUCCAGUUUGUCCAGAGUAUGGAUGAACAGAGCACACAGAGCAACGCAUGACAUCCUCGGAGCUGCUGCCUCCCUCAGUGACAGCAGCAAUGGGGCAGGGGGAAGGAGAGAGGCAGAAAAUCCCAACACCGAGUGCUCCUAACUAGUGGAAGAGAAAACAGGCAAAGGUUUUGAUCGUUCUUCUCCCUUCAUACCAUAUUAGUUUCCAUAAAUGGUUAGCUUUUGUAUUAGAACGUAAAACAGGACACUCUCUCCCACCUGCUUCAGUCUUUACACGUGCUGAAGAAGUUAAAGAGGAAAUGAAUUUAGAUGACUGCAAAGGGAGGCAAAGGAGCUGGCAAAACUACUCGCGUACACUGAUGGACACAGGUUGAUCCUUCUGCUUCCAAAGCCCCCAUGCCUUCUAAUCUUCACAAGCUUUCUUAGGAGUGAUUUUAACUUGGGCCAUUAAAA